CUACUGCUGCAGCAGCCUGGAACCCGCUGCUUCUUCACAGUCUGGCUAUUUCCCACAACAGCCGCAGUGCAGAAACUGACCCCACAGGGUCCACCUGAGCCUGAGAUCAGAAGCUGAUUAUGAUGGGGAGCAGGAAGGUGCUGGUGACUGGGUGCUCCUCUGGCAUUGGCCUGGCUGUGGCUGUACGGUUGGCCAACGAUGAGCUGAGGCGGUUUAAAGUGGUUGCCACAAUGAGGGAUCUCGGGAAACGGGGACCCUUGGAGAAAGCAGCUGGCGACUCAUUAAAUAAAACGCUGGAAAUCAAAGAGCUGGAUGCGUGCAGUGAAGCCUCCAUCAAAGACUGCAUCAGCAGCCUGCCCAACAGACAAGUGGAUGUCCUGGUGAGUAACGCUGGUGUUGGGAUGAUCGGGCCGCUGGAGUGCCAGAGCAUCAGCGACAUGAAGGACCUCUUUGACACCAACUUCUUCGGCCUGGUGCGGUUGGUGAAGGAGUUGCUACCAGACAUGAAGCAGCGGCAGAGUGGCCAUAUUGUGGUGAUGAGCAGUGUCAUGGGACUACAGGGACUUCUGUUCAACGAUGUCUACGCUGCCUCCAAAUUCGCUGUGGAAGGAUUUUGUGAAAGUCUGGCAGUGCAAGCAUUGAAGUUUAACAUCAAGACUACUCUUGUGGAACCUGGUCCAGUGGUGACAGAGUUUGAAAGGAAGGUGUAUGAAGAUGCUGAGAAGAUGGAUCUAACAGGGACAGAUGAAGAGACUGCUAAAAUCUUUCGUGAGAUCUACCUGCCAUACUCUGAAAAGAUCUUCGCGUCAUUAGGCCAGACACCGCAGGAAGUGGCUGAGCAAACGUAUAAAGUGAUCACAGCCGCAGACCCUCCUUUGCGCCACCAGACGAACUGCCUGUAUACGCCCAUGACUGCACUGAAGCACGCCGACCCGACUGGACGGCUGCCCAUGGACACUUUCUACAAGAUGCUCUUUAAACACAGCGGUGUGUUCAAUGCUACUCUUGGGAUCAUGCGCAUGUUGCAAAGAACAGGUGGGAAGAAAUGAUGAUUUGACUGCUGCACAGACCUGAAGUGAUUUAUUGUUUUAACUACAACUCCUAAGUUAAUUAACUAAUUGAAAAAUAGUAAUUUGUGAUAAAUAUCCAGUUUAUAUUUAUGAACUUUAAUAAUUUUCUUCAUUAAUCUUGCGUUGGUUGCAAAAACAAAACAAAUAUCACUGAAAAAGAGCAAAUUGAUACAAAGAGUGUUUAUUUUACCAUAAUGAUGAUUAAAAAAAAAAGAACUACAAGAGUGGGAGUCAAUAGUACCAUACUUAAAUGAGAUAUUUCUUUGACAGAUAUGCUGCAAACAUCAAUAAAUGAUGCACUUGCUAUUGAAUAAUGAUGAAAUGUUUUGAUCUACUGUUGUUUAUACCUCUUAUCUUUAUAUAUGCCUUUAUAUACAUGACUUGAUCGAUACUAAAAAGCUUGAAUAUCCUCUGAAAAGUAAUAAAUUACAUUUUAUCAACAGUUACAAAAAAACACUGUUUCCCUUUAUUUACUAAAGAAACUUGCUAACUCGAGUUGAAAAACAAAUGUCAUUCAUUUAUAUUCUUCAUGUAAUUAUCAUUCAGGGAAUAAUAACGUUUUUUUAACUGAAUUUGUUUUUUUGCCAUUUUCAAGCUAUUGAUUUACAUUAUUUCAAUAUUGUCUAUUUUUUUUAACGUGGAAGGUGAAUAAACGUUCUGUUUCUUCUUCAGCAAAGACAGAAAUUAAUGCACAAACUUCAGCCUUGUAAUCUGAAAAAUCUCUAAAAAACGACAAUCCAGAAGACUGUUGAAUGUGAGAUAUAAGAAAAAGAAAAUAAACCUUCUUUUAUUCAGUCUUUUUGGAUUAGUAUUUACAAUCAAGGUCUUACAACUAAAUGAAGUGGAUAUUAUUGACUCCUUGCAGAGGUUUAUGUAAUGUUAUUUGCGUUAUAUGGAGCGGCUGUUUCAUUGUAAUAAUAAAAAUCAACCUCACAUACUCCUCCACGUUUAAAAAUGCCAAAAGUGGUGAUGGAUCAUAAACAAACACAGUGCUUGUUGAGUGGAUUUAUAUGAAUCAUGCAUUUCUUUUUCCUUUC